AUGGCGCCUCUGGGUGCUCUUGCCGUCAGCCUUGUCUCCCCAAUUGGGUGUCCGCCCAAGUGCGUCGGUGACUCCGUUUUGGGGGCCAAGACUCCGUCGGCUCCGUUCAGGGUGACAAGCUCCGCUCCCGUCGCACUUCGCCCUCCGACGCGUCUUCCCCUGAAGCGCUUUUCGCGGCUCCCCGCCACGUCAUGUACCGCGGCAGAGGCGAGCCAGAGCGCCGGUGCCGCCGGGAGCACCGCCGCUAGCAGCGCGGAUGACACGCACCGCAGCCGCAGCGACAGGAGCGGCAGUGGCGGCAGCAGCAAUGGCGGCGGCAGCGGCUCGUCGUCGUCGUCGUCAUCGGUGCCGUCGCCCUUCGCGUUCGUGGGGUUGGACUACUACCAGAUCCUCGGCGUGCCCGUCGGCGCGCCCCCCGCCGACAUCCGCCGCGCGUACCGCGCGCUGCAGAAGAAAUACCACCCCGACAUCGCGGGCGCUCAGGCGCACGAGAUGGCGCUGAAGCUGAACGAGGCGUACGACACGCUCAUGGACGACACGCGCCGCGCGUCGUACGAGAAGGAGUGGCGCGACGCGGCCGUGGCGGGGUACGUGGGGUUCACGGGGCAGCCGCGCAGCGCGUGGGCGGCGCCGGAGGGGCAGCAGCAGGCGAUCUUCGUCGACGAGGCUGCGUGCAUCGGCUGUCGCGAGUGUGUGUUCGCCGCCAGCCGCACGUUCCACUUCGACGCGGAGGCCGCCGUGGCACGCGUGCACACGCAGUGGGGCGACGCGCUGCCCGCCGUCCAAUCAGCCAUCGACAGCUGCCCCGUCAGCUGCAUCCACACAGUGACACGUGGCGACCUCCCCAUCCUCGAGUUCCUCGUGCAGCCGCGGGAGAGGGAGAGCAAGGGCAUCUUUGGGGGCGGCUGGGAGCCCGGGCACCCGAUCAAUAUCUUCGCUGCUGCCCGCGAGUUCAAGCGCAAGCUAGAGAGCCAGCAGGAUGGGGCGGAGCGCCGGCGGGCAGCCACGUCAGCAGCAGAGCAGGAGACGCCAGCUCAGCGUGCCGCCCGUCAGGAGGCGGACGCGAGGAUGAACGGUAUGGGCGGCGGGUUUUGGCAGAAGUGGGCGCAGGCAUGGGGGGCGUGGGGGGGACCAGGGGGGGAGUCAGGCGCGGAUGGGGGGGAGGGCAGCUCUCAGUGGGCCAGGGCGAAUGCAGCAAGCAGCACUGGCAGCAGCACUAAUGGCAGCAGCGAGGGUAACAGUGAGGGUAGCCGUGAAGGUGGGAGGCAGGCAGGUGGGGGGAGGGGAGAGGAAGGAGGAAAGGGAGGAGGAGGAGGUGGAGGAGGAAAGGAAGGGAAGAAGGGGGGGUGGUUCCCGUGGCAUGCAAUGCUGGGCACAGCAGCAUCGUCGGAGAUUCUCAGGCAGCCGGCCGGGGAGGGAGCCAAGGAGGAGCUCAUAGCAUUCAUUCAGCAGUGGGCCACGCUCUGGUCUUUUUCCUCCGAGCUGCCCCUUCCUCUGCCCGUCCGCGUGGACAACCAAUCGGACGGCACCGAGCUGACGCUGGUCACCAUGCGCGGCGAUCUCCUCACGUCCGUCGGAUCGUUCGCGACUGGCAUGCUCUCGCGCCUCCCCGCGCUCCUCUCGUUCCUCUUCCGCUGCGCGCGCGCCGUCCUCCUCCUCUUCCUCGUGCUGCUGUCCGACGCGCUCGGCUUUCCGCUCGCCACCCGGGUCGUGCGGCUGUGGGAGGAGUGGUUUUGCCGCCUCGAGCACCGUGAGGAGGAGUCGCAUCGCGACGCCGAGUCGUAUCGCUUGUGCUCGAAUUGCUCGCUGCCUAAUUCAUCGCAGUCUGCCUCGUCCCGUUGCACAGGCGUCACAGGGAACACAGGGGUCACAGGAGACACUGAAUUUACCUCGUCACAGGCGUUCACCUUGUUGACAGGAGGCACAGUAGUCACUCAUUCCACCUCGCUGACGGCCAUGGCGCAUCGCCUCUGCGGCCGAUGUGUCUCCUCCACCGCCUCAGCCUUCCCCGCCGCCAAAUCUGCCGCUUUCCCCGCCGCAACUCACGCUCUCCACUCACACCUCUCCACCGCCACGAGCGGGAGCAGCCCCUUCGCGCAUCGUUCCUCACCCCCCGUUCCGGUGCUCCGUAGGUGUCGCCCGACAGCCAAUUACCCGCCGCCACGUGGCGCCAAGGCGUGGUGGUACCAGCCAUGGCUGGCGCAUUCCGCCGUUACCGGCGCGCGCAGGCUGCUCCCCGCCGCGGGGGGAGGGGGAGGCCCGGGGGGAGCAAGCGCGGGGGGGAGGCGUUACGUGGGGACGGUUCCGCCCGCAGCUGGCGGGAGGGCAGUGGGCGUGACGAGAUGCGAGGGGGGAGGCGGCAUGUACACGUGGCCUGAUCCGACGGUCAGUAGGAAGCCACGGGGAGGGAGGAAAGGAGAAUACUACGGGUGCAUAUCAUGGAUACGUUUCAGGGGAUGCUUUAGCCAACUCUCGCAUCCACCUGUCUGCGGGUUUCCCAGUGUCGCCGGCACCUCUCUCGCCCCUCUUCGUCCCCAUCCUUCCGUCCCCCCACCUUCUGACUUUUAUUCCACCACUCGGUCCCCCUCCCUUCCCGCUCUCCUCCCACCUUCUUCCCCGGAUGUUGUUCUACAUCUCACCCCUCCUCCCCCCUCUCCUCCGCUUCCCCUCCCCCCCUCGCAGAGGCCGCGAGUGUGUGUACUGGGCGGCGGGUUCGGGGGCCUGUAUGCGGCGCUGCGGCUGGACUCGCUGCUGUGGAGCGACGAGCGCCGCCCACAGGUGCUGCUCGUGGACCAAUCAGAGCGCUUCGUGUUCAAACCGCUGCUGUACGAGCUGCUCUCGCAAGACGUCACGGUGUGGGAGAUAGCACCCAAGUUCUCGGACCUCCUCAGAAGCACGCAAGUGGCGUUCCUGCAGGACGGCGUGCAGGCAGUGCACGUGAUUAAGGGUGGGGCAGCUGACGUGGCAGGAGAUAACGGUGGACGCGUGCGAUUGGCUUCUGGAGUGGAGGUGGAAUACGAUUGGCUGGUGUUGGCGUUGGGCGCUCAGACCAACAUGGCCGUCCCGCCAGGCGCCAAGGGGCGAGCUCUGCCCUUCAGCACCCUCGACGACGCUCUGGCAGUGGAUCGGCGUUUGCUGCUGCUGGAGAAGCAGUGGCAGGCGGCCAAGGAAGCAGGGGAGGACCCAGCGCCCAUCCGAGUGGUGGUGGUGGGGGCGGGCUAUGCGGGGGUGGAGCUCGCGUGCACGGUGGGGGAGCGGGUGGGCAGUAAGGGGAGCAUUGAGAUUGUCGACCCCGCUGCUGCUGUGUGCCCCGCUGCUGCUCCUGGCAACAGGCGCGCUGCAGAGAGGGCGCUCAAGGAGAGGGGAGUGCAACUGCGCCUGGGCACCAAGGUCACACGCAUGGCGGAUGCCACUCACUCCUCCUCCCCCUCCUCCUCCUCAUCAUCAUCAUCAUCCUUAUCAGCCGCCUCCUCAUUCCCCCAUUCGGACUCAGACUCAUCUCCUUUCGCCGUGCCAGCAGCGCGCCUCUUCCUCGAGGCAGCAUCACCCGGCAGCACUGGGAAGGAGAGUGAGAGUGAGAUGGAGGCGGAUAUAGUUCUCUGGACCGUCGGCAGCUCGCCUGUGCUCCCAGCCUCUGCCUCAGAAGAAGCUUUAUCAGAAACAUCAGGAGGAGCAGGGGGAGCGGGAGGGGAGGGGGCGGUGCAGUGGUUGAGGAGGACAGCGAGGGGGCAGGCGGAUGUGGAGGAGAGUCUGAGAGUGAAGGGGCUCACCAGGGUGUUCGCCCUUGGGGAUGCCGCAUGCGUGCCGGACGGCAACGGGCGGCCACUGCCGGCCACAGCUCAGGUGGCAUUCCAGCAGGCGGACUACGUGGGGUGGAACAUCUGGGCUGCCAUCAACAACCGCCCCCUGCUGCCCUUCAGGUACCAGCAUCUGGGCGAGCUGGUGCUGCUGGGGUCCAAGGAUGCAGCAGCCUCCGUGGGCUUCAUUGAUGACUUUCUCAUUGAGGGGCGCGCGGCGCACACAGCUCGCAAGCUAGCAUACCUGUACCGGUUGCCAACCAAUGAGCACAGGGCACGUGUUGGGGUGAGCUGGUUGACACGUGCCAUUGUGGACGGCAUCUCAGAGGCGCAGAACCUUCUGGCAGCUGCUACCAAGGGUCAAGGGGACAAGAAAUGA